UCGCGACAGUCGCGUGCCGAGCGUUUUGCUCAUGGACACUUUUAUUUUUGCUCACGAUACAGACUUCAAUACGUAUAUAAAUAGUAAUAAUUUCUUAUGAUUAUAAUUAAUACGCUCAUACGUGCCUGUGAGAUAGAUUAUAUUUUGUAUCGUAUGUAGGUAACUGGCGUUUAACGAAUGAUAUAAUAAUGUGUUUUGUAGAACAGUGCUUUCAGUGUGGUGUGAAUGUCUCGAGCGAAAGCGAAAGCUCUACAUAGGGGAGUUUGUUUUGUUUGCGUGGUUUUCUUGCGGAGCGAAUUGAGAAAAUAAUACUUAUAUCUUGUUCAUACAAGGAUAUUUUAAGUUUGAAUCAAACACGCUCGCUGCCUAUGUAUAUCGGUAACGCAGCAUCCCGUCUAUAGAGAAAUUAAUCUGGACCACCGGUACAGGAAACAUGCUGAUAGCGCUCUCAGUGUAACACUGGAUAAUCGGAAAUCACAUAUACAAUGAUAAUAUCACCGAAUCCGAUCAAAAAUAUAAGUAGAUUUAUAUAAAAAAUAAGUCAUAAAUUAAAAUGGGAGAAAGAAGAAACGAUAUCACGAACGAUUCUAUCGAUAUAAUGACGAGAUAUCAUUCCAAUGAUAAUAUAAUUAACGAUUCGACUGAUUUAGUGGAUAGUGUAAACUGUGAACAUGAUUUAAGAUGGCAGAUUGAUGGCCGAUGUUCAAAAGAUUGUGCCUCGAAAGACUUAAAAGGUUCGAUGAGAGCUCGGAACGAAUAUGGAGAUACAAAGGGGGCCGAUUGUAUGAAAUUUAAAUGCCGGGUGUGUAGGGAUACCUCUGGGAGGACAAUGGGUGUGCGGUUGCCUCUGGUAGCCGUGAUAGGUCUCCUGUUCAUGACUCUGGCUUCGUCUGCCGCCGCGCCUCUUAGGACGCGUACUGGAAGAAGCGCUCACGAACAAGUCGAAAAGGAGGCGAAAGGUUAUCUCGAAAUGUUCGGAUAUUUAAAGAAGGGGAGACCAGAAGUCGGUAACUUACUGAUGGGGGACGUGUCACAGUCUUACGAAGACGACUUCAGGAUUGCCAUCAAGACCCUACAAGAGUUCGGAGGCAUACCCGUGACGGGUGUUAUAGAUAACGCGACGAAAGAAUUGAUGAAGAAGAAGCGAUGUGGCCGACCUGACAGAGAACCCGGAGAAGAAAACGGCAGCAGGAGGAAAAGAUUUGCCGUACAGGGGGAGAAGUGGAAACACACUAACUUAACUUGGAGUCUGUCGCAAGUUCGCCGACCAUCGCAACUGGAUCCUCAUGGCACGAGGAGUGUGCUGGCUCGUGCCCUCGACAUAUGGGAACAAGCCUCCAGGCUCACCUUCACGGAGAUCAACUCGGAUGAAGCUGACAUUGUUGUUUCCUUCGCCAAACGCUACCACGAUGACGCCUAUCCUUUCGACGGCCGUGGCUCCGUGUUGGCUCACGCCUUCUUCCCUGGAACUGGUCGAGGAGGUGACGCUCACUUUGACGACGACGAACUGUGGCUCUUGAGACCGAACAACGACGAUGAGGAAGGUACGUCGCUGUUUGCCGUGGCCGUUCACGAAUUCGGACACUCGUUGGGCUUGAGCCACAGUUCCGUCAAAGGAGCACUUAUGUUCCCCUGGUACCAAGGCUUCCAACCAAACUUCGUUUUACCGGAAGAUGACAGGAAUGGUAUUCAACAGAUGUAUGGUCCGAAGGUAAAGAAGACUUGGGCAAAGAUACCUUAUUAUAGACCAGCUGAAACGCCACCAACCACUACGACUACUACCACCACCACCACAACAACAACCAGAAGACCAUACAUUCAUCAACAUCACCCAGAACGACAUCCGAACCAUCGUCCUUACACACCAUACCCUCGUCCUCCAAAUAGAAAUCCAGUAUAUUACCCCGAACGUCCCACAUUACCCGACAGACCUCAUCACCCUGAAAGAAAUUACCCCGAUCGUAACCCCUACUACCCUGAUCGUCGUCGUUAUAACACUACGGAAGAACAUCCCAGAAGAACGAACCACAAUCACUAUCCUCGACCAACAGAGACCACGACGCACGCUACAACUUAUCGCCCACGUUACCCGCAGUCCCGACCAGAAUAUCCGAGCCAUCCAAGACAGAAUUACCCAACUGACCCGAGUCAAGAUUACCCCAAAAGAAAACCCACUUAUCCGGUUAAAACGACUACCAUCAAACCGACCCCACCUGCCGACAAACCCGACACAUGCGACACUAGUUACGACGCUAUAUCUCUAAUACGUAAUGAGCUCUUCAUUUUUAAGAAUAAGUAUCAUUGGAGGAUUGGAGCCGACAGACGGUACACGGGCUAUCCAAUCGAGAUUACUAGAAUGUGGACCGGUUUACCAAAGAAUUUAACUCACGUGGAUGCCGUUUAUGAAAGACCUGAUCGGAAAAUAGCUUUCUUUAUUGGUAAGCAAUUGUACUUGUUUGAUUCACAAUACUUGAUGCCGGGAUAUCCCAAGAACCUCGCUCAACUCGGCUUACCGGAGAGCCUUGAGAAGUUAGACGCGGCUAUGGUUUGGGGCUACAACGGAAAAACUUACUUCUACAGUGGCACCAUGUACUGGAAAUUCGACGAAGAUCUGGGACGAGUUGAACUCGACUACCCUCGUGAUAUGGCUAUGUGGAAGGGAGUUGGAUACAACAUAGAUAGCGUGUUCCAAUGGAAAGACGGCAAAACAUACUUCUUCAAAGGCAAAGGUUUUUGGAAGUUCAACGAUCUACAGAUGCGAGUCGAGAACGAACGUCAAACCCCGUCCGCGCCUAUCUGGAUGUCAUGUCCUAUCGAACGGACGGGAAGACGAGCGCCGUUCAGAGCACUCCCAGCCCCGGGAUCAACACUACGCUCUCCCAGCCGAGCCGCUCUCAACAAACAUAGUCUACUGCCGUAUCUAGUUUCUCUAAUUAUUAUACUAGCCCGCUCUCUUUAGUCUAUAAUUCUAUAAUGUGUCACACUUGACAGUUGACACUAGAAAGUUCUAAUAUCUCGUGCUGUUCGGAAACGUGUUACUGAACAAACAAGUACAUAUCGGUAUCGUCUGAUAGGAUAAGUAAGCGCAAUCCAUGCACUGCCUAUUAUAGUAAUUAAAUUAUUGUAUCGUAAAUGACGUAACUUUUAAUCUCCUAGGCUAAUUCUUAUAUGAUGCAUUUUUAUAUAAAAUUUUAAUGCUAUAUAUGUACAUUUUGAUCUCAAUAUGAUCGAUUUCUUUUUAUUUGAUGUAAGGUACAUAACACCAUUUAUUUAGCUUCUGUACAGAUUAUGUAGUUUCGAUGUCAGUAUUGCUAUGAACUUACUAUAACACAUUACGUUAAUAACAUAGUAAUCUUUUAUAAAUAGGAAAGGUAAUCCGUUAUUGUAUUAUUUUAGUAGCAAAAAGCUGUCUUUUGAAAAAUUAAGAAUAAAAUACUAUAACUAAUAUUAAUACUAUUAGUAUGGCAACAUUAAUUCUAAUUUAGUUUUGAAGUUAUAAACAUUUUUAUAACGCAUUGUAUAUUACUCAACUGAUAACGUUAGUUUAAAAUAGUGCGAAAUUUUGUCAUUAAAAUAAUUAAUUAACAAAAUGUGUAUAAUCGCAAUGUCCACAAGUAUGCCUUAAUAUAAAUAAAAAGUAUAUUAAAAAAUAUAUGUAUUAAUUAUUAUUAUUAUUAUUAAUAUAAAAUAUUAUUUUUAUUAAUAAUGUAACUUGUAUGUAACUCAUUAAACAACUCCUAUGCUGGUUAGAGGUUCACAUAUUAUGUAAUUUGUAAAUUUUUAUAAUAAGUAAAUAGCUGUAUAUGUAAUGUCGCUAGGGUAUUCAUAUUUACCAAUAUAUAACCUAAGAAUUUAUAGAUUAAUGAGGUAUUCGUGUCUAUUACAAUAAUAUUAUAUAUUGGCUUAUCAAUGUCUUCUAACAUUAAAUUAUUGAAUACUAUGUACUAAUCGUAAUGUGUCCUACUCCUAAAGGUAUAUAACACCAUAAAUAAAAUGGUAAUGUUAGCUAAGAUUGUGUAUGACUGUUUGUCGGUUUGUUUAUUUUAUAUUACAAUAUAGAUAUCAAGAACAAUCAUAAUUGUCACAUAGCAGUUAAUGAACAUGUACACAAAAUCUUAUAAAUAAUUUCAAGUCAGAAAGGAGCAAUAUAAAUACUGUAUCUUUAUUUCACAAUAUCUCCGGAAUGAAAAUGGUGCUUCUAAUAGUUAGUUUUUGUACAGAAUAAAUUCAUAUUAGGUAUUUUUGUAUGCUUUUGUAAGUGUUUUAUGAUUAUUAAGUGUAGUUUAAUGUUGUGUGUCUUUAACACAGCCUUUCCCAUAUAAUCUUGUGCAAUCAGCAGAUAUAGAUAUAAAAAUUAUAGCUUGAGCUUCAGAUGAGAAACUGUCAUUAAUCCGUUACCUAUGUGUGUGCAUUACAAGUAUAGUCCACGUAUAAUGUGAUUUACUUAAAACUUUGGACAUAAACAAAUAACUGUGAUAUUUACUUUUUAAAAAGCCAUCGGCAAAGUUUAACACAAAAUUUCAAAUAAUAGAAUGAACUUGUAAAUGCAAAAUGAAGUUAUCCUUUAAGUAAGAAUGUUUAAUAAGAAUGAAAUAAAGAUUUUUGUAAUAUUA